GGAAGUCAUCUUUCUGUCUUUUCCUUUUCUUUUGUUGGUGAUUGAAGGAAGUAAUCUCGUAGAAGUUUCUUUGUUUUAUCCUGUUCUCUUUCUAGCUCCUGCUCCACCGUUUACCAAUAAAUCCCCAACUGCAUGAAUUGAACUAGAGAUUGAAUGCAGCUCUCCGUUCACAAGAUGUUGAUCUUUAUUACCAUGAAAAACCCGUUUUCCCUGCUGCCCUUGCUUCUAUCCUAUAUCCAAGUACUCUCAACUCUCUUUCUCUCUCUCUCUCUCUCUCUCUCUCUCUCUGUGUGUGUGUGUGUGUGUGUGUGUGUGUGAGGGUGAGAGACAAUUGGAACAAGUGGACAACUUUUUAGUAUUUGCGUCCUCCUUAGCUUUUGAAGCAUAGAAAAGAAGAAUUGGUUGUUGAAGUAUGCAUUGAAUCUUGACAGCAACUUUCUUCCUACCGUUUUCUGGCAAUAUGUCUUCUUUUCUGAAAAGGAUUCAGUGAAGGCAGUCAACCGGUUUUCUCUCCCAAAGAAACGGAAGCUUCUUGCUCUUGUUCAAUACAAAGCAGAAAGUCCCUUCAAAUAAGUAAGAUGGAGGAUUAUAUCAUCAACUGGGUUAUCUCUGGAGUGGUUUUCUGGACGACGACGUUCUUAGUAAUCAGAAAAUUAUUUCCCGAACGUACCUUUGAUUUCUGUAACCGUAUUGUUUCCACAAUCCAUGCUUCACUGGCUGUCUGUUUAGCUUCUCUCUCUGUGCAAGACUGGAGCUGCCCUGUGUGUCCUGUGGCAUCAAGGUCCUCUCCAUGGCAGAUGAAAACACUGGCAGUGUCUCUUUCUUAUCUGAUCUAUGAUCUGAUAUGCUGCCUCUUUGACAACCAUGUCAACCUCGACAAUUCAGUUCAUCACUUGGUCAGCAUUAUUGGUAUUGGAGCGGGUCUUGCAUAUCAAAUUUGUGGAUCAGAAAUGGUGGCAGCUUUAUGGAUAACAGAGAUUUCUAGCCCUUUCUUGCACACGAGAGAACUUCUAAAGGAGCUUGGUUACAGAGACACCGACCUUAAUUUAGCAGUUGACAUUUUAUUUGCAGCAGUCUUCUCAUUUGCCAGGAUGGUUGGCGGUCCAUACCUAACAUAUCUAACCUUGACAGCAGGCAACCCACUGCUCAUCAAGGCAAUGGCACUAGGAUUGCAGCUGGUGAGUGCAUUCUGGUUCUACAAGAUUCUCAGAAUGGUGAAAUACAAAGUGGUCAAGAGGGUGGGACCCAACAAAGCUGCCAAAACUCCUAGCCGCUAGGUUGGCCGCUUCGCCAAGAAUUCAUCAGUCCAAAUAACAGGUGCAUGAUAUGAAAAAUUAUCUAGGUGUACGCCAAUGUAGUUUUAAUUGUUCAUUUAUAAAAGUGUGUACUGGAAGUACGGUGCUUUCUCAUCUAUUGAACAGCAACAUUAAGUCUGUGAUCAACAAUUUCUGUGGUUCUUUGGAA